CCCCGCCUCUCCCCUCCUCCUGCCCCGCCGAGCCUCGGUGCGGGAUCCCGCUGCGCCCGGCCCGGCCCGGCCCGGCCCGGGCAGGCUAAGGGGUGCUCCUGGAGACUGGACACUGCCGACAGGCACCGUGCACAAGUGUACAGAGAGCGAGAGCCCAGGCCCCCGGCUGGUGAGAUCCCUCCUGGGGAGACGUGGCUGCUGCGCUGGAGCCCGUGGCAGCCGUGGGCCUUCCCUUCCCGGCAGGAGCUGGAGGAGCAGGACCCAGCAGGGGCUGAGGGUGCAGAAGUCCCUCGUGUCGUCCAGACCAGAGCCGGUCCAGCACCAAGAGCUGUGGGGGCAGGACGUGAUGCAGGCCAUGCAGCCCCCUUGUGAGGCCAAGCUGCCCUCCGCGACCCCACAGCUGGCACCGCGGGAUGAGCUCCCCACCCCAGAGCCCUGGCGCCAGCUCUUCCGUGGCCUGUGCUACCGGGAAGCCGAGGGCCCGGGGAAGAUUUGCAGCCGCCUGCGGGAGCUGUGCUGGCGCUGGCUGGAGCCCCAGCACCGCAGCAAGGAGCAGAUGCUGGAGCUGGUGGUGCUGGAGCAGUUCCUGGCCAUCCUGCCCCCGGAGAUGCGGAGCUGGGUGUGCAGGUGCCGCGUGGAGACCUGCGCCCAGGCCGUGGCCCUGGCCGAGGGGUUUCAGCUGGGAGAGGUGGAGGACGAGAAGCUCCAGGUUACUGUGCGUGUGAAGGCCUGUGGUGAGGACAGGCCUCUGGAGGAGGCAGGAGACCAGGAAACCUCAGGGCCCAAGGACGAGAUGCCCCAUGUUGCCAAACAAGAGCGCCCCCCAAACCCAGGUGCCGGGACCCUGAGCAGAGCGGAUCAGCAGCCUCCCGAGGAAGGGCCUGUAAACCUGGAGCUGCAGAGACCCUCCCCAGGGAGACGGGGACAGAGCAGCUCCCUGACACCUGGGCCGGGCCAGCUGCAGAAGGGGCAGGGCAGGCCGGUGAAGCAGGGGCAGCGCAUGGAGCUCCAGGAGGUGUUUGAGGACGUGGCAGUGUAUUUCACGCGGGAGGAGUGGGAGCUGCUGGAAGAGGAAGACAAGGGGCUUUACCAGGACCAGAUGCUGAGGAACUACCAAGCCCUAGUUUCCCUGGGAUAUCAAGGCACUGCCCCUGACUUGAUCUGCCGCAUCCAGCGAGGACAGGUGGAGCUCUGGGUCCAUGAUGAUGAGGACCAUGGGGCAAACUCAAGGUCGGAGAACCUGCUGCCAGGACAUGCCUGGUUGCCAAGCAGAAGUGAGGAGCAGGCUCCUGAGGAAGGGCCUGGAAAGCUGGAGCCACCAUGGGCUUCCCUGGGGAGUAUGGGUGAGGUGGAUUCCAAGAGCCCAGCGACAGACCAAUGGCACAAGGGUCAGGGGAUGCCCCAAAAGCAGGAGAAUGUAGCAGUGAACACGCUCCCAUCUCUAGUUGGGCAUUGGAUUGAAGAAGGGAAAGAAGCCAGUAAAAGUCCAAGGUGCAGGGAUGAAUAUGUCAUCCUGAGACAGCUGAAGAGGCAGAAAGCAAAGAUCAACUGGAGAGAGACACUGCAUGCAAACAAAGGCAGUGUGGGAGCCCUCAGAGGGAAGCAGGAGCUCACUUCCAAGGCCAGGGGGAGAGGCCACUCCUGCCCUCAGUGCAGGAAAAGUUUUAGCUGCCCCUCACUCCUGGCUCUGCACAAGAUAAGGCACGCUGGGGAGAAGGCCCAUGUGCAUGCCACAUGUGGGAAGAGCUUCACCUGCCUCUCAACCCUGGCUGCUCACCGCCAGAUCCAUUCUGGACAGCUCCCCCACCUCUUCACCAAAAGGGGGAAGAGCUUUGUGCGCAGCUUGGAGCUGCUCAAAACCCAGGAUGUGCACAGGAAGAAGCGUCAGUACUGCUGCGUCACAUGUGGUAAGACCUUCACCCAUUUCUUCUCCCUGGUUCAGCACCGGCGUAUGCACUUGGGGAGGAAGUUGCACCACUGCAAUGAGUGUAGGAAGAACUUCAUCAGCUGGCAAGGCCUGUCCCAGCACCGGUGUGUGCAGAGGAGGCAGCAGCCACACUGCUGCACGAAGCAUGGGAAGAGCUUCAGGCAGCCCUCCAGCCUGGCCAGGCACAGGUGCAUGCAGACACGGGAGAAGCGUCAUCGUUGCUCUGUGUGUGGGAAGAGCUUCAUCUCCUCUUCCAAGCUGGCCCAACAUCAGGUUAUCCACACAGGGAAGAAGCAACAUCAGUGCUCUGCAUGUGGGAAGAGCUUCACCUGCUCCUCCACCUUGGCCCGUCACCAGCGCAUCCACACAGGGGAGAAGCCAUAUCAGUGCUCUGUGUGUGGGAAGAGCUUCACCCAAUCCUCCCACUUGGCCCAGCACCAGCGCAUCCACACAGGGGAGAAGCCAUAUCAUUGCUCUGAGUGUGGGAAGAGCUUCACUUAUUCCUCCUCCUUGGCCAAGCACAAGCUCAUUCAUAUGGGGGAGAAGCCAUAUCAGUGCUCUGAGUGUGGGAAGAGCUUCAGUUAUUCCCCCGAGCUGGCCCGGCACCAGCGUAUCCACACAGGGGAGAAGCCAUAUCAGUGCAAUGAGUGUGGGAAGAGCUUCAGUUCUUCCUCCCACCUGGCCAGCCACCAGCGCAUCCACAGAGGGGAGAAGCCAUAUCAGUGCUCUGAGUGUGGGAAGAACUUCAGUGAUUCCUCCUCCCUGGCCAAGCACAGGCACAUUCACAUGGCAGAGAAAAUAUAUCAGUGCUCUGAGUGUGGGAAGAGCUUCACUUAUUCCUCCUCCCUGGCCAAGCACAAGCAUAUUCACAUGGCAGAGAAAACAUAUCAGUGCUCUGAGUGUGGGAAGAGCUUCACUUAUUCUUCCUCCUUGGCCAAGCACAAGCGCAUUCACUUGGCAGAUAAGCCAUAUCAGUGCUCUGAGUGUGGGAAGAGCUUCAGUUAUUCCUCCGACCUGACCCGGCAUCAGCUUGUCCACACGGGGGAGAAGCCAUAUCAGUGCUCUGAGUGUGGGAAAAGCUUCAAACAAUACACCAGCCUGGCCCUGCACCAGCAUGUCCACACAGGGGAGAAGCCAUAUCAGUGCUCCAAGUGUGGGAAGAGCUUCAGUUCUUCCUCUCACCUGGCCCAGCACCAGCGCGUCCACACAGGUGAGAAGCCAUAUCAGUGCUCUGAGUGUGGGAAGAGCUUCCGUUAUUCCUCCCACCUGGCCAGCCACCAGCGCGUCCACACAGGGGAGAAGCCAUAUCAGUGCUCUGAGUGUGGGAAGAGCUUCCGUUAUUCCUCCCACCUGGCCAGCCACCAGCGCGUCCACACAGGAGAGAAGCCAUAUCAGUGCUCUAAGUGUGGGAAGAGCUUCAGUUAUUGCUCCUCCCUGGCCAACCACCAGCGCAUUCACACAGGAGAGAAGCCAUAUCAGUGCUCUGAGUGUGGGAAGAGCUUCAGUUAUUGCUCCUCCCUGGCCAACCACCAGCGCAUUCACACGGGAGAGAAGCCAUAUCAGUGCUCUGAGUGUGGGAAGAGCUUCCGUUAUUCCCCUUACCUGGCCAAGCACAAGCUGAUUCACACAGGAGAGAAAAUAUAUCAUUGCUUUGAGUGUGGGAAGAGCUUCCCUUAUUCCUCUUCCCUGGCCAAGCACAAGCACAUGCACAUGGGAAAUAAGCCAUAUCAGUGCACUGAGUGUGGGAAGAGCUUCAGUUAUUCCUCCAAGCUGGCCCGGCACCAGCGCGUCCACACGGGGGAGAAGCCAUAUCAGUGCUCUGCGUGUGGGAAGAGUUUCAGCGUCCUCUCCAGCCUAGUCCGGCACCAGCGCAUUCACACAGGGGAAAAGGCAUAUCAGUGCUUUCUGUGUGGGAAGCAGUUUAACCAGUCCUCCCACCUGGCCCAGCACCAGCAUGUCCACACAGGAGAGAAGCCAUAUCAAUCCUCAUAGUGUGGGAAGAGUUUCAGCAUCCUCUCCAGCCUGGCCCAGCACCAGCGCGUGCAAACGGGGGAGAAGCACAUCAGUGCUCUUAGUGUAGGCAGAGCUUCACCUACUCCUGCAGCCUGUGCUGAACACCAGUGCAUCUACACAGGGGAGAAGCUACAUCGGUGCUCUGAGUAUUGGAAAAGCUUCACCCAUCUCUCCCACCUGUAUUGGAAUCAGCAUAUCCACAGCCAGAAGCAUCCCUAAUUCUGCCAGCAGUGCAUGAAGGCCUUGGAGAUGUCUGCCUGCUCAGUACCCACCAGUGGUGCAUUGAGACAAGCACCUUCAUGCAGGUGGCCUGCAGAAAGAGUUCCCCCAGGCUCUGUCCCUUGUAGGGUGCAGUAGAAGUCCAGAUCCCAGAUGCUGACCCCCAUGUAUGUUUUUGGGGGGCAGAGGGCUAAGAGGAAACACCUGAGGCAGAAGUCAGCUCCAGUGUGGGGGGAGGAGAUGAGGAGGAGAUGAUCUUUGCAUCAGCCUUGGAGCCUGUGCAUUCCCCAUCAUUCUCUAAUAGUAUUCCCAGGGGAAGAAGUGUCUUCACGCUAGGGUGCCCUCUCCCAGAUGGCUGACUUCAGAUGAUACUAGGGGACAUCCUUGGCUGCCUCCCAGUUUUCUCCUUCCUGGUCAAGGGGUUUUGGUAUAUGAGCCCCUGAUUUGCAGGGAGGAGUGCAUUUAUGGCUGGGGAAGCAUUCCCUACCCUCUUCCCUGACAUCGCCUUUCCUCACCACCACAUCACCCCUCUUCCAGACCUGCCUGUGCCCAGUGGGGUCUGUAAGGAGCUGCUUCUACCACCUCUGGUGCCUUAUUGGCCUGUUCUGCUUUUCAGCCUCUGCAGAACGGUGCACCAUGGGGGGCAUACUGCUCCCCUGCCCUCCUCCCCUUUGUUGUAUUCUCUCUCAUGCAUUCCCUGCUACUAAAGGAUCACAACUGGACACACCACCCCUGUGGUUGAUCUCUGUUCCCUCUUCCAAGCUGUUCAAUGGGAAUUGACCCAGGCCCACAACCCUUUCCAUGGCAAAUCUCUCUGCUUUCCAGCCCCUUCCUUUUCUUAAUUAUUCACCACAAUGCAGAGGUUGUUGCUAACACUUGGGAGCAGGAGGUGGUCUGAUCUACCCACCCCACUGCUGCCUAAAUGGUUUCUCUCACACACUUUUGCCCUCUUCCCACAGCAGGACCCAGAGCUGGGUAAGACAGCAUCACAGAGUGAGCACCCCUGGGUGAGCAACUGGCACCUGGCUGAACUGGUGCCCCAAGACACCUGGGGGUCAGACUCAAUGAUCUAUUGAGGUCCCUUCUGACCCUAACAUCAUCUAUGAAUUAUCUAUGAAGAUAGCCCCGUCAGCCCUGUUCCUGCCCUCACCCACCACAGCCACCCUUCUGCACCAUGGACAUGAUGGGGGAAGUAGGGGGCAGUCCAGCUGGCAUGGUGCCAGCUCCAGGGGGGUGUCUACCCUCUUGGGAGAGCAGGUUCUACACACUACUGCCAGCACCUCUGCCAACAUCCCUGCAACAUGCAGUGCUGGGGUAUUAGGGUCAGGACAGGUGGUGUGUGCUGGGCCUGGGGUGGGGCAUUGGGCACAGGCUGUCCAACCAAGCAUGGGGGAAUCAGGCUGAGUUUCUCCCCUCUAGGGGUUGGUGGGUUGCAGGAGCAGCCCCUGCAGAGUCAGGGGCAGAGCUGGAGGUGCCAUUACUGUCCAUGCCCUGCAGGGCGGGGGGUACUGAAUGCUGGUGUGUGUCCCAUAUGGGAUCUGUGUUCACUUGGGGCAGGUGUGAAGGGAGGCAGGGUAGGUAGGUGUGACACUGGUGAACAAGUUAAGAGGCUGUGACUUGGAUGACUACACAGUCCAUUGGGUGGUGAAUUGGAUAGAGGGUCGCACCCAGAGAGUCAUGGUGGAUGGGUCGGUUUCAACCUGGAAGGGUGUGGGCAGUGGGGUCCCGCAGGGCUCGGUCCUUGGACUGAUACUCUUCAAUGUCUUCAUCAGCGACUUGGACGAGGGAGUGAAGUGUACUCUGUCCAAGUUUGCAGAUGACACAAAGCUGUGGGGAGAAGUGGACAUGCUGGAGGGCAGGAAACAGCUACAAGCAGACCUGGACAGGUUGGACAAGUGAGCAGAAAACAACAGAAUGCAGUUCAACAAGGAGAAAUGCAAAGUGCUGCACCUAGGGAGGAAAAAUGUCCGGCACACCUACAGCCUAGGGAAUGACCUGCUGGGUGGCACGGAAGUGGAAAGGGACCUUGGAGUCCUAGUGGACUCCAAGAUGAACAUGAGUUGGCAGUGCGACGAAGCGAUCAGAAAAGCCAACGGCACUUUUUCGUGUAUCAGCAGAUGCAUGACGAAUAGAUCCAAGGAGAUGAUGCUCCCCCUCUAUCGGGCGCUGGUCAGACCACAGUUGGAGUACUGCAUGCAAUUCUGGGCACCGCACUUCAAGAGGGAUGCGGAUAACCUGGAGAGAGUCCAGAGAAGGGCCACUCGUAUGGUUAAGGGCUUGCAGACCAAGCCCUACGAGGAGAGGCUAGGGAACCUGGACCUCUUCAUCCUCCACAAGAGAAGGUUGAGAGGCGACCUUGUGGCUGCCUAUAAGUUCAUCACGGGGGCACAGAAGGAAAUUGGUGAGGUUUUAUUCACCAAGGCGCCCCCGGGGGUUACAAGAAAUAAUGGCCACAAGCUAGCAGAGAGCAGAUUUAGACUGGACAUUAGGAAGAACUUCUUCACAGUUCGAGUGGCCAAGGUCUGGAACAGGCUCCCAAGGGAGGUGGUGCUCUCCCCUACCCUGGGGGUCUUCAAGAGGAGGUUAGAUAGGCAUCUAGCUGGGGUCAUCUAGACCCAGCACUCUUUCCUGCCUACGCAGGUGGUCAAACUCGAUCUAUUGAGGUCCCUUCCGACCCUAACAUCUAUGAAUCUAUACUUCAUUACUGUGCAGGUGGCAUCAUCAUUGUUGGGCACAACUCCACCUGGGUAUGUAUGAGGUACACCUACAGGGGGUUCCACACUUACCUGGGGCAAGUGUGAUAGGGGCUGUAUCAGGGCAUAGGGUACUAUACCGCCAUUGUGCAAGAUGGGGUGCUCUGGUGGUGACUGCUUACCUGAGCAGGUGUGGGGUGGGCUGUCAUGAGGUGGGGGGAUGGGUGGACCCCCAUCUCUUCCUCUCUGUCCUUCUACUUGCACUCCCCAAACCAGUGCCCAAAAAUGCCCAAGCCCGACUGGUGACCCCACUCCCUGCAACCCCAUAGGGAUCUCCAGGGGAGCUCGGCUCCAUCCCAGGGAUUCCUCCUGAGCACCAGGAUGGAUCUGACCCCCUGGUCAGACCAGUACAGGCUGGGGAGCUUUGCCUGCCUUUAUAGUGUGAUCCCCGCCUGUGCCUGGGAUUCCUGGGGUGUGGAUUAAUAACCUGUCACAGCAGCAGGAGGAUGAACACCGUGGCCCUGCUGCUUUUCCUGGGGCAGGACCAGGUGCGAUGUCUGCUCCUGUGUCAGGCUUGUGGCAGUUUGGCUAAAAAGUGCGAUGAUGGGUGUGUCUGGGCUGGUUUGGACAGGGUUGAUGCUGAGUCAGGCAGUGGCUGGACUGCAGGCCCCCUCAACCAUUCUCUUCCAGGAUUUCCAUGAUGAGAACGUCCCCUAGAGCUGUGGCUGCCAACCUUUUUAGACUGCAGACUGGCAUACCGUGACCAAAAGCAGAACCUUUCAUAGAUGUAAUUGAAUAGACAUUAAGCCUGGAAGGGACCUCGUAAGGCCAUUCCUUACCUCAUUAGCCCUCACAUUUUCCAUUGAUUUCUUCACAGUGGCUGGCCAUGGAGCUGGUGCUCUCAUUGAACUCUCUGCAAUCACUCCCAGGUCUCUUUCCUGUGUGGUAACAGUUCACGUGGAGCCCAUUGUGGUGUCAGUCCCAUGUAUACAAUUCACAUUCAAAUGUGUACCUGGCCCAUUCCACUCAGAUCAUGACCCCAUGGUCAAUAGAGUUAAUAUAUUAUUUACUCUUUAUUAUUAUAUACACCUUUUAAAGUGGGGGGGUGGACAUGAUGAGACUUCUCAUUCAGCUUCAGCACUCUCAAGUUGUAGGGUCCUAGAAAAAGCCUUCAUCUCUCUGAACUUUUCCUUCUCAUGCUUUCACAAUCCAUCUCUCACCACACAGCCACCAGGUCACAGCUCUGUGCUUCAUACAUCAGCAAGGGUCCCUACUGUUGGACCAUGCUGUGCAUGUAUCUGAAGAAAGGUGCAGGGUUUUGUUUUGUGCCAUUACAAUUUUAAUACUGCCCCAGCCAGGAAACCUUCUUCUCAUCUUGCUUGGGAACAGAGAGCAAAGCUCCCAUUCUUGGCUACAAAUGUCCAACUCGGGAUCCUUAAAAUUCUGGUUUAUUAGGUGGAUUGAAACACUGUAAUGAGUUAAAUCAUAAACCUUGGGGCUGGUCCCCGCCCCCCCCCCCCCCCCACACACACAUGCACACACAUACACACACACAGUAGCAAGCUACAAGAGUCAGGUAUACCUAUCCUACAAGUGCUGUAGUCUGUCAUUGAGGCUUCUUUCAACUUGGUGAUAUCCUCCAGAAGGAGGUCGCCAGCUGGUCCUUCUGGCUGGACAGGUCUGGUCGAGUUGGAGAUCAAGAGGGCACCACUGAGGGUCACUUUUCAGUGCCUUUUAUCUGUCCUUGGCAGAAUUUGGUGACUCCCCAGUUUUCGGGUUUGCCCAAUCCAGGGGUUGUUGACCCUCGUGGGCCUUCCCCUCCCCUCGGUGGCUACUGGAUGGCAUCUGUCAGCCCCAGGGGUCGUCCGCAUGUACGUGCAGGUUUGGGAGUCCGUUGAUGAAUUUUGAAUAGGGCUCUGGGAGUGGUGGAUCUGGGAGUGAAAUGUACUCUGUCCAAGUUUGCAGAUGACACAAAGCUAUGGGGAGAAGUGGACACGCCAGAGGGCAGGGAACAGCUGCAGGCAGACCUGGAUAGGUUGGACAAGUGGGCAGAAAACAACAGGAUGCAGUUCAACAAGGAGAAAUGCAAAGUGCUGCACCUAGGGAGGAAAAAUGUCCAGCACACCUACAGCCUAGGGAAUGACCUGCUGGGUGGCACAGAGGUGGAAAGGGAUCUUGGAGUCCUAGUGGACUCCAAGAUGAACAUGAGCUGGCAGUGUGACGAAGCCAUCAGAAAAGCCAAUGGCACUUUAUCGUGCAUCAGCAGAUGCAUGACGAAUAGGUCCAGGGAGGUGAUACUUCCCCUCUAUAGGGCGCUGGUCAGACCGCAGUUGGAGUACUGCAUGCAAUUCUGGGCACCACACUUCAAGAAGGAUGCGGAUAACCUGGAGAGGGUCCAGAGAAGGGCAACUUGUAUGGUCAAGGGCCUGGAGACCAAGCCCUACGAGGAGAGACUAGAGAAACUGGACCUUUUCAGCCUCCGCAAGAGAAGGUUGAGAGGCGACCUUGUGGCUGCCUUUAAGUUCAUCACGGGGGCACAGAAGGGAAUUGGUGAGUAUUUAUUCACCAAGGCGCCCCCGGGGGUUACAAGAAACAAUGGCCACAAGCUAGCAGAGAGCAGAUUUAGAUUGGACAUUAGGAAGAACUUCUUCACAGUUCGAGUGGCCAAGGUCUGGAACCUCCCAAGGGAGGUGGUGCUCUCCCCUACCCUGGGGGUCUUCAAGAGGAGGUUAGAUGAGUAUCUAGCUGGGGGUCAUCUAGACCCAGCACUCUUUCCUGCUUAUGCAGUGGGUUGGACUCGAUCUACUGAGGUCCCUUCCGACCCUAACAUCUAUGAAUCUUUGAAUCUAUGAAAUGCAGGCAAGAGGAAAAGGGGGCUUUCUGCUACACCACAACAUUUGAUUCCCAAGCCAUGCUGAAUUCUGCAGAUCUUAGCAAGAGGAUACCUAGGAAUUUAGACCUCAUUAGGUCCCUGCUUUCAGCUAUCUUGAGUGUAAGUGAGGAGAUCAUCGCAAAAAAGGCAGCCUAAUGGCAGCCUAAUGCCUUUGGUGUUUGCAAACUGUACCAUCAAAAAGGGAGCAAAUCUACUACCUUGGUGUGACCAAAAUAGGUCUGGAUCCCAGGAUCUCUUGCCUAAAAGCACUACAAAAAACCGAAAUCCAGGUCUUGGACCCUCUCCCCACCACCUUUCUGAGGCACCCACUGGGUGGGCUAUUGUGAGAGUGGACAACUGUUUGGCUAUCUCCAUUCUCCUCCUUCACUUACAUACCUCCUCCAUGAACAUAGGGCAGGGAGUCAAGGGAGUCUGCACCUUGCCAUUAAGAACUUAGACAGGUCCAGCCCUAGCAGCAGACAGGGGCUGAAAUCUUCCAAAAGUGGAGGUUUGACACUAGAGGGAAAUCAGGGAGCCUUCAAGUGUUUCUGGUGAACACUGCAAAACCUGGAGUUUCCCGAAUGGUGAUUCUGAACUGCAGGGCCCGUGGGCUGCAUGCAUCAAGGCAAAGGUGGUGUGACGGGCUAGGUGGUAGUGACUUAGCCCAGGGGGUUUGAAAGGAUAAAAGAUGAUUGGAGGACUUGGGAUUCCCUUUCCUCACCAACCCGUUAAUGAUUUGGCCCAGAGGUUUUGAAGGGGUAAAAGAUGAUUGAAGACUUGGGAUUGCCUUUCCUCACCAAUCAGACCCCAGAGACUCACCCUCCACGUCCCCUGAUUGGCCCUUUGGUUCACCUGGAUGGGAUAAAAUGGCUAGCAUGGGUGACUCAAGGGACCACAAGGAAAAAGUCUCAAAUAGCUGGCAAGAGCUGGGCCAGUGGGGUGGGAGCAGUUGCCCCAGAAGCACCUGAAGGAUUGGGACCUGCAGGCGGCAGUUUGAUCCUCAGCAGUGCAGCAAGGGGCCAGCAGGAGAGGCUCCCCACUGGGCUCCAGAAUCCCCUAUGAGAGGCUGUGGCUAGCAGGAGAGGUUCCCUGACUCCAGCAAGGAUCUGAGCAGUGACCUGAAACGUUCCCAGCUCUGCUUCCAUCUCCUCCAGCAAGAGGCCAGGAAACUAAACAUGAGGCCAGGACUCCAGGAAGGCCAAAACCCCUUGCAGCUUGGAACAGUGCUAGCUCUGGUGGCUGCCUGCUGAAGCUUCUGCCUACCUAUGGGAGAUCUGAGUUCAAGUCCUAGUUUGGGUCAUUUGGUGUGAGUGAAGUAACAAGGAGAAAUUCUUGUUGCAGUGGAAAGGGGUCAUUGUGCUUUCUUCCCUUCCAGGUACCUAGGCCCUAUACUCCUUCUUAUUUGACAUUUUGUAUUUUGUGCCUUUUAUAUUAAACCAACCAGUAUGGUUUGUUCUGCUGUU